GGAAGAGGGAAUGCCCCAGCGGUGUGUCUGUUGUAUAAAAGAGAUGACAGGCAUGGAUAGCGAACUGAGCUGAGGAAUCGAUAUUUGCAUCUUACACAUGGCUAACCUUCAUAUCUACUUUACAGGCUGCUUGCUCCUGCUGAUGCGGAAUUAUCGCAUAUCUGUCGCGCAUCCAGUGCGCACUGAUGGCACAAGAGACAGUGACCAGUGCGCUACGCUCUUCAGAAGUUUACUGCUUGACGUCUCCGGUCUCCUAAAAAACGACGUUCUGUGGCAUGGAGUGAUUUCAGACAGAAUCCAUCCAACGAAUUUUUCUGACACCGUGUUGGCCUGUGCGCCCGAGCCUUUGAAGGAGAGCACGAUGUGCCGCACACAAAGAAGUGGAUCAUUUAAUAAGAAUGAAUGUUGGAAGAACAUUGUGAAGGACUUGACCCACUAUGAAGCCAUGAUCAGCUCUUAUAUUAAACUAGAAAACCUCAGACGUCCACAGGAGGAGGUUCCACCUUUGGAAAAAACAGUGCAAAUUAUACAAAAUCUGCUCAAGUCCUGUCCAUGUACAUCAACUAAAGACGCAUCUGUGGAGGAGGAUGUCAGUCGUUUGUGGACCAGGGACUCAUACUCAAACAGACAGCAGAUGUUGAUGAUGAUGAGGGCUUUCCACAUCCGAACCAUCACAUUUAACCGGGCUGUGGGCCAUAUGGCAUCAGGAAAACACAAAUGAACCCAAGACCCUUGUUGACAGUACUACAUUUACCUUCAGAUACACUGAGACAGAAUAAGCUAGUUAAAUGUGACACUGGAAAGACUAUAAGGAAUGUAUCACAUAUUUAUGUACUAUUUAUUAUUUAUUCUAUUUAUUAAAUAAAGCAUUUUAUAUAUAUA